CUUUGGUAUCCUUUGGUCCUCAUGCGGCUGGAUUCAGCACUUUGUGAGGUGCUCAACUCUUCAGCUCCAGUGGCUCCAGUGGCUCCAGUGGCUCCAAGCCUGAAGAGUGCGCAGAGAUAUGGCGUUGAUGCAGCAGUCACGCUGACGGCAGCAUCGCAAGGACAAAGGGCCUUACGCCGCGCUAUGUGGAUGACGGCACUCCCUUCAAUAAACAAGCCCAUACGCACAGCAUUUGAGGUGGACAGAGACAAUGCUCCUGCUCUUCAAGAUUCCAAUGAUGAAGCUGCCAAAGAGAAGGACGUGCCGAUGCCUCCAAUGUGGGAGAACUUGGAUGGACUACCGGAGGUGAAGGUGACCUCGCCAGCAGUAGCUUACUUUUCGAAGGAUAUUGGCUCCGGAGAAGACGGUGAGAUGAAACCCACAUUUGGCUGCAAAUGUGGUGGGCAAGAUUGGCGACCUGCGAUGUCGCAUCCAAGUAUUUCUUUUCGGCAGGAAUUCAUCGAUCUACACCCAGAUUUCCUUGGAAGAAUCCAGAAAUUGAAGGUCAACUUAGUAAAUGACAACACUCAGAAGACUCAGUGGGAUGCCACAUAUGACCUCCUACGCUUCCUCAAGAGUGGUGAUGUGCCAACCCUCACUGAGACAACACCUGCGAUUCCCGCAGGUGGAAAGCAGCUGCGCUUCUUGACCUUUUGUCCGGAGGCCGCACAAAACUACACCUUGAAGGUCACAGCGCUGGACUCCAAUGAUGAGCCCAUUGACUAUUUCCAGGACGAUGAAAUGCAUCUCAGUGCCACUCCUGCGAAGCCACCACCAGCUCCUGAAGAGGAUGAUCUCCUGAAAUUUAUUUCCCCUGCCAAGCAAGCCGAGAAGAUUGCAGAGCAGGGGGUGAUCAAAGAGCAUGGCAUGGAAACUGGCUCGACUGGGGAGAUGUUGAAAGAGUCGUAGAUUCGAUCAAUUCGAGUUUCAUCAGCGCAGCAAUGUGAGAGCAGCGGAGAAAACAAAGGGAUUUCAUGCAGUUGUUGGGCAUUUUUGAUAUUUUUUGAUGUUUGCUUGUCGGGUGUUGAGAGUUUAACUGUCAGCCGUGUCAGUCUCAAGUUGUGUGGCCAAGGCCUCCAGGCCUUCAUUUCUUC